CCCACCCUGCCCAACUCUCGCGAGAGCGGUGUCUGCGUUUCUGGACGUGCGGCUGCUCUCACUUUCCGUCAUGGCGCUGAAGGUGGCAGCGGUCGUCGGUGGCGCUGCAAAGGCAGUGCUCAGACCUGCCCUCCUUUGCCGUCCUUGGGAGGACUUCAGCUGGCCUUUGCCGGAUGGGCUGGACAGCAGCCGUCGGCAUCUGGGUUCUCUUUGCCAGGUUCUCGGUGCCCAUGAGGCCCCCCGGAGGAGCAUCUCACCUCCGUCGGCGAAGUAUGGUGGACGGCACACGGUCACCAUGAUCCCGGGCGAUGGCAUAGGGCCAGAGCUCAUGUUGCACGUCAAGUCUGUGUUCAGGCAUGCGUGUGUGCCGGUGGACUUUGAAGAGGUGCACGUGAGCUCCAGUGCUGAUGAGGAGGACGUCCGCAACGCCAUCAUGGCCAUCCGGCGGAACCGCGUGGCCCUGAAGGGCAACAUUGAAACCAAUCACAACCUGCCUCCGUCUCACAAAUCCCGAAACAACAUCCUUCGCACCAGCCUGGACCUCUACGCCAAUGUCAUCCACUGUAAGAGCCUGCCAGGAGUGGUGACCCGUCACAGGGACAUAGAUAUCCUCAUCGUCCGGGAAAACACAGAGGGCGAGUACAGCAGCCUAGAACAUGAGAGUGUGGCUGGAGUGGUGGAGAGCCUGAAGAUCAUCACCAAAGCGAAGUCCCUGCGCAUUGCUGAAUACGCCUUCAAACUGGCCCAGGAAAGCGGGCGCAAGAAAGUGACAGCCGUGCACAAAGCCAACAUCAUGAAACUGGGCGAUGGGCUCUUCCUCCAGUGCUGCAAGGAAGUGGCAGCCCGCUAUCCGCAGAUCACCUUUGAAAAUAUGAUUGUGGACAACACCACCAUGCAGCUGGUGUCCCGACCCCAGCAGUUUGAUGUCAUGGUGAUGCCCAAUCUCUAUGGAAACAUUGUCAACAACGUCUGCGCAGGACUGGUUGGGGGCCCUGGCCUUGUGGCCGGGGCCAACUAUGGCCACGUGUAUGCUGUGUUUGAGACGGCCACGAGGAACACGGGCAAGAGCAUCGCCAACAAGAACAUCGCCAACCCCACGGCCACGCUGCUGGCGAGUUGCAUGAUGCUCGACCACCUCAAGCUCCAUUCCUAUGCCACAUCCAUCCGUAAGGCCGUGUUGGCGUCCAUGGACAACGAAAACAUGCACACCCCAGACAUUGGGGGGCAGGGCACCACAUCGGAGGCCAUCCAGGACAUCAUCCGCCACAUCCGCAUCAUCAAUGGCCGCGCCGUGGACGCCUAGGCCGUCCCCCGGGACCGCCUCCGUGCAUCCCCUCUGCCGCCCCAGCUUUUUCGCCGGUUUGGUGGGCAGCCCCGGAAUAAAUCCGCUUCCCUCCCUGG